AUGUCUUCGCCCGACGUCGCUGCAUCCACCACUACGACUGACCAUGCGCCUCCCCGUGCGGAAUUGGAUGUCUCCAAGCUCCAUGCCCUCCCCUCUGAACAGCAGGAUCUCUAUCUUCUCACCUUCACGUCGGAGUUAGUUCAGCACAUCUCCGAAUUGGACCGAUCGCAGGUCUCAUCCCAGCAGAAGUUUUUGAAAAAGGAGCUGUUCAAGAUCCUGACGCUGUCCUCGCCGACAAUCACGCGCGUGAUCCGCAACAACCUCGGGCGCUGUUUCGGCGCCAUAUUUAGCAAGGGGGAUCGCGGGAUUCUUUUCGAAACAGUCACAGAACUACUGGGAACCUUGAAUGCGGGAAAGAAUGGGGCGGAGCUAAAAUCCAAGUUCGCCGCAGCCCAUUGUCUGGGGGAAGUCUUCGCGGUCGCCGGGGAGAGUGUCUUUGCCCAGGCAGGCGUGGUCAUUUCGAGCUUGCUUAAACUGUUGAAACCGUCCAGUAACCAUGCGGGCAUGCGUGGCACGGUCUUCGCCGUCCUGCGGAAGGUGGUUGUGGGAUCUGGCGUCCCGGUGGACGAGGGAGCGGCGCGAGAUAUCUGGAAGCAGGCUCGUAAUGCGGCGACCGGAGACAAGUCGACCUUCGUACAGGUUCAUGCGUCCCGCUGCCUGGAGCAGCUGGUGAAUAAGACCCCGUUUUUCGACAAUGCGAACGAUUUCGAUACCCUGAAGUCGGUCAUGUGGAAGGUCGUUGAUAGUCCGGUUGCCCCCGUCCGACAUGCCGCCGCCCUCUGUCUGGCUCGCGCGUUGGCUAAACUCCAUGCGACCGAUUCUCGAAUCUUCUCGGUGCCGAAGCCUAAGAAAGCGAAAAGGCAGUCGAAGAAGCCCUCGUCGCGACCCGGCGAAGACGAAGAGGAGGCCGAAGUCUCAGAAUCGUCCGCCCAGAAGAAAUCGGAACCCCGACUGUUCUUUCUGCUGCCCGAUCUUCUUCGCCAGUUGUCGACCCAGUAUCUACGAAGCACUACGUCCAACCGUGCACGGGCAGCAAUUGCGGUGUGCUACAAACAGGUCCUUCGCAUCCUGGGGGAGAAGCUGAUCGAAGAGCGUUACGGCGAGAUCGCCAGCCAUCUGUGCUUUGAUCUCCUCAACCACCCGACGGUAACCUACAAUAGAUUCAGACUGCUAAUGACGCGGAAGUUUGUCAAGAGUGUCUUGGAGGAUACAGUGGGCCGUGAAUCGCUGCGCGAAACCAGUCAAUUGAAUGCUGCCAAGUGGUUGAUCAACGACAUCCUCAAGGACUACCCGCAGGUGCUCCAGGAGCGUCGCGAACCGAGCAAAUAUACCCUGACAAGCGCUCUGAGUGCCCUAUCGUCCUUGAUUUCUUCCCUGGGCUCUGCCUUCGGGAGUUUGGCCGAGAUAUGUCGCGAGGCCUUACUCCAUGUGCUUCCUCACCCCAGCUAUACCGUCCAGAUCCAUGCCGCCCAUUGCCUUCGCUGCUUCGUCCUCGCCUGCCCGCACCAGCUACUAUCCUGUGUGACUAUCUGCCUAAACAGCCUGAACCGGGAGGUCGGCCAGCUGUCCACCCCCAGACAGUCUCCGCGCCGCUGCGUGGGCUAUGCGAAUGGGCUAUCCGCAAUGCUGAGUACUUCUCGGCUGCAGCCGCUCUAUGGCUCCGUUGAUGUCUUCUCUCGCGUGUUUACUCAGGCUACCGAUCUCCUGAAGACGAGCAGCAAUUCCGAACUCCGUGCCGCGAGCACCCAGAUCCAGGUGGCGUGGAUCUUGAUUGGAGGAUUGAUGCCCCUGGGCCCUAGCUUCGUGAAAAUCCAUCUGUCUCAGCUGAUGUUGCUGUGGAAGAAUGCCCUUCCCAGGCACCUUAGCAAAGAGAACUUCGCCCAGCGUGGAGCUCUGGAGAUGAGCUUCCUUGCCCAUGUCCGAGAAUGUGCUUUGGGAUCGCUACUGGUAUUUAUGGAGUUCAACAGCAAAUUGAUCACGGCCGAUGGUGCGAGAAGAAUAGCCGCAAUGCUGCAAAAUACCGUCGUCUUUCUCGAUGACAUGCCUCGACAAAAGUCUGCAAAUGAUAUUUCCCAGCGUCUUCACCCAUCCUUGCAGCUGAACGAUAUUGCAACCAUGGUCCGCCGACGGGUCCUUCAAUGUUUUUCCAAGCUGCUUCAUGUCCAUCCCCUUAGCCACGGGGAUAUUAUCUCCCAGACCAGCCUGUUGAGUCUGGCAAUUUCCUCCUUUGCAGAUCCAGAUGCCGCUCCAACUGGCCCCAUUGAGAGCUCGAUCGCUGCCUCCACCGCGCAAUUCGAGUCCCUGUGGGAUCUGUGCGAUAACUUUGGGUUUGGAGUCACAGGUUACGCCAGGGAGUACGUCCGAGUGAGCCUUUCUGGUAAAGAUGAAAAUGAUAACGGACCGGCUUGGUCUGCGGUGGACUCUGCGGACCAAGCGGUCGACGAUGCUUUGACUUUUCCCAUUUUUCAAGCAAGCGAACACGAUUCAAUUUUUCUCUACUCUCCAGGCAAUGGGGGCUGUAUCGCUGCGGAUCCUCAUGCAACUGGAGUUGUCAAUGCCGCGGUAGAGCUUUUUGCUGUGGCUCUACCUUUGCAUGCCCCCAAGGUGCAGGAGAGUAGUAUCGAGCAGAUUGCCACAUUUCUAACCUCCUCAAGCUUACAGCGCAACUUGGGUCGCAAAGCCGCCAUGAUCGUUAACAUUGCGGUGGCUCUGCUUCACGCUCUGAAGGCUGCUUCCAGAGAGACCGGCUCUACAACUGGGAAACUGAACCCCGCGACUGACAAAAUACUGCAAGAGCUUCUACAGAAAUUCGUCAUUGAUCCCGAUCCGAUUGUCCGAACCAUCGGCGUUGAGGCGUUUGGAAGGCUUUGCGACAGCUCCGGAAACACUUUCACCAGUACGCAAAUUAAUUGGCUUGUGGACACCAUCGUGGAGAAUCGAGAACCCAACGCUCGCGCUGGCUGUGCCACUGCUUUGGGUUGCAUCCAUUCCCAUGUGGGUGGCAUGGCAGCUGGUCUGCACCUGAAGACCAUUGUCGGUGUCUUGAUGUCACUGUGCAACGAUCCUCAUCCUGUGGUCCACUUUUGGGCGCUGGGAAGCCUGGAAAGGGUUGCCAAUUCCGCCGGCUUGACUUUUUCGCCUUUUGUCUCCAGCUCCCUCGGUAUGCUCGCUCAGCUCUACAAUGCGGACACCCACAAUGAGGAAUCGGCGACGCUGGCGACCUCAAAUAUUGAGAUGUCAUUCCUCACCCCAGUGCUUAUCAGCCGCUGCGUUGAUUCGAUGAUCAACGUUUUGGGCCCGGAUCUCCAGGAUAUCGCGAAAACCCGGAAUCUAAUCCUUACCCUCCUUCGCCAAUUCCAGCUGGAAGAAAACCCGGCUCUCGUGACGGAAAGCUCGAAAUGCCUGGAUCAUCUUUCGCUAUAUGCACCGGGAUAUGUAGACUUUUCUGCCUACGUCAAUCGCUUGCAGAGCGAGCUUUCCUCGAACAACCCCCUGAUGAGGGACGUGGCUGUUCGGGCAUUGAGUAAUCUCAUGAAGCGGGAUGCCGUAUCUGUAAUUCAGACCGCUACGCCCACUCUGGAAGAGGAGAUCUGGCUCGCCUUCGACGAUACGCCUGACAAUGCCAUUCUGCGCAGCAUGAUCCAGGAUUGGCUGCAUCAGACGGCGCUUGUAGAGACUGAGCUGUGGAUCCAGCGAUGCCACAGCACCCUGACGAAGACCCGUGUGAAGAUAGAUGAACUGCCUCCCACGUCGGCUAUCAAAACCGCCGUCAAUGACGUGCCUGAUGAUGAGGUUGCCGGCUUUGCCUCCGCCAUUGUUGGGCCCGGACAAUCGGAUGCUGUGAAUGACGGCGUUUCCGGCCAGGAAUUGUUGAAAUGGCAAACCCGCAACUUUGUCAUGGGCUGUCUCAGUGAGCUGCUGGAAAUCGUUGAAGCAGCCAUCCUACCAGACCAAACAAUUCCUGCCGAGCUUGCACUGCAGCAAAAAGUGGGCGAUAUUGUUCGCAUGGCAUUCUCGGCAUCGACUGCGAACGUGAUAGAACUUCGCGUCUGGGGUCUGAAAAUCCUUGAUCAAGUCCUGCGGAUGUUUGGCAAGACCCCAGACCCAGAUUUCGCCGAAGCGUCUCUUCUGGAGCAGUAUCAGGCCCAGAUCGGAUCGGCCCUCACGCCCGCUUUUGCGGUCGAUUCUUCUCCGGAGCUUGCAUCCGAAGCGAUCAACGUGUCCGCCACUUUCAUUGCCACUGGAAUAGUCACCAAUGUGGACCGGAUGGGCCGAAUUCUGAAGCUGCUAGUGCUUGGGCUUGAGAACUUCUCGAAAAACCCCGAUACCACUGAGAUUGGAGAUCUCAAGGGCUUGAACUCGAACGCGAGGGUCAUGGUGAAGAUGGCUCUGUUCUCGGCUUGGGCCCGGCUCCAAAUCGCGAGCAUCGACCAGGAUUAUCUCAACGAGGUAGUGCAACCGUAUCUCUUGAAACUCACCCCGUUAUGGCUCUCGUCUCUGCAGGAAUAUGCUCGCCUACGCUUCGAACCAGAUAUCUCGGGAAGUUUAGGCACCGGGCCCGCGAGCAACGAUUUAGAUGAGGUUUACGCUGCCUUGAAUCGGGAGACUCUUUUGAAAUUUUAUCAAGAUACCUGGUUGAGCCUCGUUGACGCCAUCGCCGGCUUGGUAGAGAAAGACAUCGAUUUUGUUUUUGAUGCCCUGGAUGGAAAGUCUCAGCCGGUGGAAGAAGCUGACAAGCCAGAGGAGGAUGGGGAAUCCACCCCCAAGAGCGACUCUGGAGGAAAAGGUCACGAUAUCAAUUACCGUGAUGAGCCAGUUGCCUUUUUCUUCGUCCUUUUUGGCCUGGCGUUUGAAGCCCUUGUCGAUCAAUCCACGACACCACCACAGAGGCUCGAAAUCCUGCUGGCGCUCAAGAGGAUAUUAAGGCCGAUUAUCGCCGGCAACGCCAUCUACCAAGAUGCCAUCUUCUCCGAGACGAUGGACUCCCUCGACCGCCUGGUGCUCACCGAGGGAAUCCCCAUCCAGAAUGUGAUUGUGGAAAUCUCGCGGAACCUGUCCUUGGAUCACCCUUCAGCCAAGGACGACGGCGGGAGCCGCACCGACCAUCUUUCUGAUGAUAUCGAGCAGCUUUUCGAACUGACCCGGAGUAUCAUUCUGGUUCUGGCUGGACUGCUGCCUAACCUGCGCGAAGCCCAGCCCCUUACACGAUUCAAUGUGGCAUCCAAUGAUGCCCUGUCCCUGAUUCGUCUCUCCCUGUCAUCGUUGGUCAACGUGGCAGCAAUCUUCCCCUCGAUCAUCCGCAACGACCUCAAUGCAUGCAUUCUACACAUAUUCAGCACCAUUCUGGCAACAGGGCUAUGUCAGAGGGAUGUCGUGCCUCUAGCGCUUCCAAUCUUCAAGCAUUUCAUCAGCGGGAUCAGCAACGCCAACCGCGAAACCGAAAAUAUGAACGUUGUAUCCCGUCAACUGCGUGGCUGUCUCACCCGGUUUCUGAAUACUCUCACCAUCGCCCAGCGCCGCGAGUCCGAAUCUUCCCUGCCCUGCGCGAAGAACACCCUCCUGGCACUCACCAUCCUACUGACAACCGGAAGCCACAUGAUCCCCCCGCAAGACCCCGUCAUCACACAGAUCUUAGACGAAUUCCUGGACUGUCUCCAGGACGUAGGUCUCGCCAAUGUCGCUGCAGGUUGCAUCCGCUCCCUCCUCCUCACCUCCACACCACGAUCACCCACGGACGACCGAGUCGCUAGGUAUUUGACCCCGCGGUUAAUUGGCUUCCUAGUCGGCUGCCAGACCGGAACGGGCGAAAUCCCCAGUGAUCCGGAGAACUCGAGGACAGUGGUUGCCCGCACGCUGGUAUCCUUCGUUGGGAGCGCCACCGACAUACCUCCUGCACUGUCCCUUGUCAUGGCGGCACUUCUCGCUCGUGGAAAACGCGAAGGACAGGCCGUGUACAAGGAAACCGCAGGUCAUCUACUGGAACUCGCGAAGGUGAAUUCCACCGUGUUCCGUGCCCUUGUGGCCAUGAUGCAGCCGGAACAUAAAUCUCUACUCGAGGAGAUUCUUCGCAGUGCAGAGGUGGACUCCGGUGCUAACAAGAGUGGAAAAGAUAGUGAUGGUGUUAGUGCACUGGCUGCAGAGCAACAAAGUAUGCCGAGUAUUGCGUUGCGGUUUGACUUUUAA